AAAACUCAUUCUUCUGUUUUUAUUUGCGAAGCUUGUAGUGAAUUAUCUGGACUGAAAAUGAGUGGAAGAGGUAAAACCGGUGGCAAAGCUAGAGCCAAGGCUAAGACUCGCUCAUCCAGGGCAGGACUGCAGUUCCCUGUCGGCCGUGUUCACAGGCUUCUCCGCAAAGGCAACUACGCCGAGCGCGUCGGUGCUGGUGCUCCUGUUUAUCUGGCGGCUGUGCUCGAGUAUCUUACCGCUGAGAUCCUGGAGUUGGCUGGAAAUGCCGCUCGGGACAACAAGAAGACCCGCAUCAUUCCCCGUCAUCUGCAGCUGGCGGUGCGCAACGACGAAGAGUUGAACAAACUUCUGGGCGGAGUGACCAUCGCUCAGGGCGGUGUGCUGCCCAACAUCCAGGCUGUACUGCUGCCCAAGAAGACCGAGAAACCCGCCAAAUCCAAAUAAGGGGAUUCAGUCUGUUUUAUUGAUACCCAAAGGCUCUUUUAAGAGCCACC